AAAAUUAGGUGCUUUGUCAAAAAUGUAGAUUCCUACAGUCAGUAGCGCUGAUACGAGCCGAUUCCCGGAGCUGCGGACGAUCUAGCGGGUGUAGGAACGGGGCAGAGUUUGGUCAGUAGGAGUCUGACAAUGUCUAUCGCCUCACCCAAAUUAGUAGGAGAAGUCAUUGUAUGAUUUUUCCCUCUCAUAAAGAAGCAUGGGGAUUACGGCGAACCUUCUCAUAAGAAGAAGUUCUUUGCUUAGUAGUAGAUGUAUCCUGGCUGAUAGUUUCAUUAUGACUUGGCAUCCUUACCUAGAUCGAGUGUCCCUGGGUUGGACGGCGUUGCUGGGCGCGCUGCUGCUGCUGACUUUGGCAGACCGCGAGGAUCUGGAGCCGGUGCUGCACAGGAUCGAGUGGUCGACUCUGCUUUUCUUCGCCGCGCUCUUUGUGCUUAUGGAGGCUUUGUCCAAAUUAGGUCUGAUUGGCUACAUCGGAGGCUGGACAGAAGCUCUUAUACUUCGAGUAGAUGAAAGUGAUCGAUUGGCUGUAGCCCUUAUCAUAAUGGUCUGGGUAUCUGGUAUAACAUCAGCGUUUGUGGACAACGUACCUCUGACUACAAUGAUGGUUCGAGUUGUGACGUCAUUGGGCACCCAUCCUACGCUUAACCUGCCCAUGGAACCGCUUAUAUGGGCGUUAUCCUUCGGCGUCUGUUUAGGAGGUAACGGUACCCUAAUCGGUGCCAGUUCAAACGUGGUGUGCGUCGGAUUGGCAGAACAACAUGGAUAUAAAAUUACUUUCAUGCAGUUCUUCAAAAUUGGCUUCCCAGUCAUGAUAGGACAUUUAGUCGUCGCUACAGCUUAUUUGUUAUUAUGCCAUUGCGUUUUCACGUGGCAUUAGAGAGCUUUGCUAUUCUAAAUAUGUUUUUAAUGGCACCUCCUA